UCAGUAAGGGAACUCGACCGCAUCGGUUUUCAGACUCUUUAAACUCUUAAAACUUUAAUCGUUAAGCGCGCGCACGGUGUACCGGAGUCCGUCACGUGUGUUUGUGGGAUUUGUGUGCGCUUCAGUUUUCGGUGAGUUCGCGGUUUGUGGAAGAUUUCUCUCCGGUUUCUCCGCUGGACUUUGGUGGAUUCGGUCGUCUGCACUUGUUCCUCCGGCUGUGGAUCAUCUACAGAUCUCUGAAGAGCUCUCGGCUCCAUCUUCUGCUGCUUGGACGCGAACCUCUGCAAGAAUCCUUAAUGAAUCAGUUCUCAUCCCUCGAUGCCAUGGCGUUCAACCGGCGGAUUUUGUAAAUUCUCACUGAAGGACGGAUCCACUCAUCUAGUCGAGCAGCGUGGAAGAGUCACAGAGGAAACCUCACGCUGCCAAAGAUCCCGGAGUCUAACAUGGCUCUGAGUGUGUUGGGAGUAUUUCUGGGAUUGCUUCUGGAGGUUUCCACACACGGGCCUUCCAGCGUUCCCAGAAGCUCAUGGAAACAAGAAGAUGUGGAGCUGGUGCAGUUCUGGGAGCCGGGUGUGUUCAACUACACGACUCUUUUGCUCAGUGAGGACAGAGGUGUGCUGUAUGUGGGAGCUCGAGAGGUCAUUUAUGAACUCGACAUGAAAAACGUGUCCGUCAAGAGAAACCAGCUGCUUUGGAAUGUUCCAGAGAACGACAUGUCGAUGUGCAUUUUAAAGGGAAAAUCCAAAGAGAUGGAGUGUCGAAACUACAUUCGAGUUUUGCAGGUUUUGGAUGAAGAUCGUCUUUAUGUUUGCGGGACUCAUGCGUUUCAGCCUCUCUGUGAUUAUUUGUCGCUGCAGGAUUUCAGGUUAGAGAACAGAAAAGAGGACGGUCGUGGGAAAUGUUCCUUUGAUCCUGCUCAGAGCUUCAGCACUGUGAUGGUCGACGGGGAGCUGUACUCGGGUACAGCUUAUAACUUUCUGGGCAGUGAGCCGAUCAUCUCCAGAUAUUCUCCGUCUCAGAGUUUACUGCGCACCGAGUAUUCCACGUCCUGGCUCAACGAGCCCAGUUUUGUUUUUGCAGAUGUGAUUCGGGAGGGACAGAACAGUCCGGACAGAGAUGACGACAAGAUUUAUUACUUCUUUACAGAGGUGUCGGUGGAGUAUGAGUUUUUUGGCAAACUGCUCAUCCCCAGAAUUGCACGCGUGUGCAAGGGUGACCAGGGGGGUCAGAGGACGCUGCAGAAGAAAUGGACAUCAUUUCUAAAAGCCAAACUGGUGUGUUCAAUGCCUGAACUCAACUUUGUCUUCAAUGUUGUUCAUGAUGUGUUCAUUCUGAGAGCGGUGAACUGGAGAGAUACAGUCAUCUAUGGGGUCUUCACGUCUCAGUGGGGGAAUGUGGGUCUGUCGGCGGUGUGUGCGUAUAAUAUGACUUCGGUGGAUGAGGUUUUCUCCAAAGGAAAGUUCAUGCAGAAGGCCACAGUGGAGCAAUCCCACACGAAAUGGGUUCGGUUUAAUGGUGCCCCCCCGAGUCCCAGACCCGGAUCGUGCAUCAACAAUCAGAAUCGCAUGCAGAACAUCAACUCGUCCCUCCAGCUGCCUGACAAAACCCUUCAGUUUGUGAAAGAUCACCCGCUGCUGGAGGACCCGGUGCUGCCCAUCGGGAACGGCCCACGAUUCAUCACCAAAGACAUCAACUACACCCAGAUCGUCGUGGAGAGGGUGCAGGCCCUCGACGGCAACACCUAUGAUGUCAUCUUUACCGGCACAGAUAAAGGUUUACUGCACAAGUCUGUGCUGUUGGAUGGAGACGUCCACACGGUGGAGGAAGUUCAGCUGCUGAAGAACUCUGAGCCGAUUAAAACACUUUUACUUUCCAAGCGUGUGGCGCAGUUCUUGUACGUUGGUUCUGACUCCGGCGUGGUGCAGUCACGCACAGCCUUCUGUGAUAAAUACCUGUCCUGUGACGACUGCGUUCUGGCCCGAGACCCGUACUGCGCGUGGCACACACGUUCUGCUCAAUGUGUGAAUAUAUUUCAGGAAAACACUGACAAACGGAAGUUGAUUCAGAGCCUCAGAGGGGAUGCUGGGACAUGCCCUCCAGUUCCACCCCUGACCGUGAAGAAUUACAAGCAGGUGGUGGUGAAGCCAGGUGGUUCUGCUGAUCUGCCCUGUCAGGUGCGCUCAAACCUGGCUCAGGUUGUGUGGAAGUUCAAGGGUGAUGUUCUGAGCGAAGCGUCACACUUUCUGCUGAUGGGAGAGAACGGCCUGCUCAUAUACAGCGUGACCCCAGAGGAUCAGGGCCAUUACGAGUGUUGGGCCUUUGAAUCUGGUGCGGGGAAGAAUUUCACCCAUCUGGUCGCCGGAUACGUCCUCCGACUGGACCUUCCCGACAGCGCGCCCGCUCUCGGCCCGUCAUCAGAUGUUGCCGCCCGUUCCGUUGGAUCCACGGUGCGUGACCCUACCGUGCUGACAGAAGGUAAUAACGGUAACACAUCAGGAUCCGCUCGACUAACAUCGGCCUACACAGAGGCCCCCCCACUAACCACAUCGUCUAGUGAUAUCAUUAAACCCAAACACUAUCACCCCCCGGGCGUCAACAACCUUCCCACCCGCACAGAGACGCUCGACCCGUCUGCGAAGUACAUUCAGCAUGACAACAGUGCCGCCCUGCUGGCUCUCUUCCUGCUCUUCUUCCUCUUGUUUCUCGUCGCUCUGGUGUAUAACUGUUACAUGCGAUAUCUGCCAGCGCCGUGUCUCCGCCUGCGGGCCGCACUGCUCGGCUCACAAAAGAAACCACAGCCCGAGUAUGUCACGUGUGAGGCCGGACUCAUGGAAAAGAUGGAUUCGGGAGACCAGCCGAUCCAGAAUGGAGCACUUUCGAUGCGGCCGCUCAGAGACACCGGAUACGAGACGGAACCUGAGUGUGAGAACGGAGGAGUUGUGUUAAGCUGUAAAGACAAAGAUGAAAGCUCAUCGAAAGAUGGACCGUUUGAUGUAGACUGUAUUUCACAGCCCAUUGAAUAUGCAGAUGCAGACGCGCCCAACUGAUGCUAAAUUUGAGUAUUUGUAGACAUUUGCUCUCUCACCUCUCCACUGAGCGCUUCUCUCCUCAGCAGAAUAACAUGGAGGUUAAAUAAAUCGAGAUUUUUGCUUGUUGCUCUCCAGAGGCGUGCAAAAACCAUUAAUAAGUUUCACUUACCUUUCCAAAUUGGAAACCUUGUUUACCAAAUUGGUAAGUUAGCGUGAACUGUGUCUGAAAUGCGUUUUUUUUUCUGGCAGUGUUUUUUUUUCUGGAGUCGGACAUGUUCACGCUUUGACCUGGUGUUUGUAUUUCUUGUUUGGAUGUGUGUGAUAAAUUCUCAGGGCUGAUUUUAGUGUCACAGAUACAGAAUAGAGUUUGACAUCUCAAAACAGACUGGCAGGGGAGACCAAAUUAUGCUACAAGAAUGCACACAUGACCGAACAGAAGUGGAUCCAAACUUUGUGAAACUCAAAUAAAGUUAUUUUUGUUGAAGUUGUUUUUUUUAAGUGAAAUAGAGAUAAAGAUGAUGUUGAUGUUCUGAUAACAUUGUGAAGUUUUCAGCAGAAUGAGAAGGUGGAGAUGACUGCUGUAAUGUCUGCAGACGACUGAAAAAUAGAGAACAUUCACUGUGAGGAGAAUGAGAAACAACUGAGACCGAUACCGUGUCUCGUGCACACUUCCCUGUGGAUUGAUGCUGUUUGUUUCUAAUGUAAAAUGUUUGACUUAAGAGAGACGGUUCUUUUUCCCCUUUGGUUACAUGACAGAAUUUUUCCUAACUAAAUUUUUGAAAACUUUAUUGUCAAGACAUUUAGCGUUGACUCUCGUGAGCUCAUCAGGUUUCCAAAAAUAAAACAUUUUUUAAAUGAA